CUGUGCAUGAUUUUGACUGGAGACAAUGAGGGAAGUAUCAUCAGCAAACCGAUGUAACUCUGAAUUUGACACUACAGGAGGCAGAUCAUUGAUGAACAUUAAGAAAAGGAUACUAGACCUAUUGUUACUAUAUUAUUUAUUCUGAUAGCCCCUGGGGCCUGGACUAUGAAUAACUUCGUAGACGUGUGUGUAGAGAUUUUCUGAGAAAAGGAAAUGGAUGUAAAAGACAGUAUUGACAGAACAGAACAGCUAAAUGACCAAAUCAGUGACCCAGAUGCAGGGGUUUUGAAUAAUAUUGAGAAAACAGAAAAUGGCGCGGUCAAGAAAGCAUCAACGACAAAAGGGAAGAAAAGAAAAAGAACCGUUAGAGACCAAACAGCACCUAAAAUGCCUCUCACAGGUUAUGUUCGGUUCCUCAAUGAUCGGAGAGAAACUGUUAGAAAUGAAAACCCAAAUAUGCCAUUUUCUGAAAUAACUAAGAUUCUUGCGGGAGAAUGGAGCAACCUUCCAGCAGAGGAAAAACAGCAAUAUCUAGAUGCUGCUGAUCAAGAUAAAGAGCGUUAUAAUGAGGAGAUGAAUGCCUACAAGAAAACAGAAGCUUACCGACUGUUUACUCAGAAACAAGCUAACAAAAAACAGAAAGAGGAAUCUCAAGAUGAGGAAAUGGUUGAAAAAGAGGCAGAACAAAUUUUUACUGGAUUUGACAUUCCAAUAUUCACGGAAGAGUUUUUAGAUCACAAUAAAGCUCGGGAGGCGGAGUUAAGGCAGCUGCGGAAGAGCAACACGGACUACGAGCAGCAGAACGCAACUCUGCAAAAGCACAUGGAGAAUAUGAGAGCUGCGUUGGACAAACUGGCAGCAGACACAGAGCAUCAACGCAGCAACAACCUCAUGCUGCAGCAACAUCUGGACCAGGUGCGGUCAACUCUGGCUGCAGGAUUUGCAAAUCUUCCUCUUCCUGGUAACAAAGAAACACCAACUCUUCAAAACAUUGAUGAGUACAUGAGCAAAGUGCAUUCAAUAGUCUUGGAUCCCAUAAACACUAACCAAACAUUUACCAACUCUGUGAAAGAAAUUGUGUCCAAGCUAGAAUUCCACCAAUAACUACCUUUAAUGUAUUAAAAAUACUUUUACAACUCAA